CUGCAGAAGAAGAGUGCCCUCUGCAAUGGGAAGAGUCAAUGCAGCUCCAACAUCUCAGCAGAGAGGGAAGGCUACUUUUCCUCACAUCUGGAAGCCACUGCGACUCAUCCAGACCAAGAGGGAUCAAACCUGUGUGGUGAAAGACAUCUACCUCCAUAGCGCCAAGCCAUUGGAAGGCAGUCCAGGCAGCCAAGUGUCCCACUAGAGCCAGUGUCACUGUGCCAAACAAUGAUGCCAAGAAGGAGCUAUUCCGGCCUGUCGGACCAGAGGGCAAAUCGUGAAGAAACACAUUCAGUUCAACUCAGACCCUAACUGUACAGGAUCUACCGCCAUGCCCCAAUGGGAUGGUAUGGGAUGUCUUCUACCUGGAGGCUGAUCAGUGUCAGCCAGGAAUGGAACCUGAUGAAGAGUGGGGCCAAGAUGGAGGCCCAGGCUUUGGAGGAGAAGAAAGCAAAGGAACAGUUCAAGAUGAAGGUGGAGAAGUACAUCCAGGAGAUCUGCCAGAUGAAGGUGGAGAAGUACAUCCAGGAGAUCUGCCAGAUGAAGGUGGAGAAGUACAUCCAGGAGAUCUGCCAGAUGAAGGUGGAGAAGUACAUCCAGGAGAUCAGCCAGAUGAAGGUGGAGAAGUACAUCCAGGAGAUCAGCCAGAUGAAGGUGGAGAAGUACAUCCAGGAGAUCUGCCAGAUGAAGGUGGAGAAGUACAUCCAGGAGAUCAGCCAGAUGAAGGUGGAUUCUGACCUAUGGAAGAUAAGUGAUAACGAAGAGGAGGAAGAGAGGAGGAAAGAGGCGAUGAAAAACUGAGAAGAGGGCAGCGUGGCAAGUAAGCCAAAGCAGACAGCAGAUGUGAGAUGAAAAAAAAUACAUGUAAAAUGUAAAGAUGAGUGAGCAAGGAGUGGGUCCAAGUCAAGAAGAGAGUGAACGAAGAGAAUGAGAAAAAGAAGGACGGAGAGGUGAAUUAGUCUACUGCUGAUAUAAUUCAGUGUUGUGAUCAUAAGUAGGCCUAUUUGUAUAAUGUAUUUUUUUCUUCAAUUUAAUUAAAUGUAAAGUGCCUUUAGAGUGCCCAAUGCACAGUCUUGCCUGAGCUGUGCAUUCCUUUGCCCAUCUAAUAACGAGGAGGACCACAAUGGAAAAUCUCAGUUGACUGUGAUUUUUAUCCUUGACCAUUUUAAUCUGUGUAGUGUUGUAUUCAUAAGGAAAACUCAAUCUAUUUUAAAUUUGCCAAACUAAUAAACGAAUUAGGCUAAUUCCUUCAUUCAGGUGGAGACGAAACGU